GUCCGCGGGCGCAAACGAGCCGAAGCAGGCGCAGGCGCCGGUCGGCGCUGGGAGCGAAUUGGGCACGAAGGAAACAGAGGAAAGCGGGGAGACGGCAGACGGGGAGGGGCCGGGGGCCGCUCGGAACUGGAAGUACUUCGCGGGCGUGCCCACUGAUGCGCGAGCGCGAGAUCGCGCGGCGGCGUGGGAAGCAGCGGGUCAGGAUGGCCACAGGGGCGCCUCUUGGCCUUUGGCUGCCCAGGCCAGACCCGUGUCCCCUGGCCGAAAGUCUGCGAGAGAGCCGCCAGCAGCACCAGUGGCCACUUGCCACUGGAACCAGCACCCAGCACACAGCACACAGAACUACUCCCUCGGCAGGCUCGUGUCGUGGCGACCCCGGCGUUGGUUUCUGACACCGCGUGGUCGUUCAGCCUUUGGCGAUCGGAGGCCAUUCGAUCCCGAGAUCAUUCCAGAUUGGCUUAUUCUGAACCACUCCUUACACAGAAGACGACGAGGCGCCUCACGGUAAGGCGCCUUCUCGCCCUGCGCAGCGGCGCCUGCCGGGGGCCGACGAGAGGGCGGCGACGCGCUGCGCCAAAGGGCGACAGCGCCCACGCCGGCGAGCCUCUAAUCUUCGCGGCUACCACCAGAGCCCACGUCGUCAUGAUCAAAUGCCGCAGUCUGUCAACUGAUGUUGAUGUCCGAUCAUUUCGACCUGCACGGCGAAAUUGCGCUUCCUGAUACUUUCCAAGCAUCCGGCAACAAUCGCUCUCUGCACAUCUUCAUCCUCAACAAGUGAGGUCGCCCCCUGUGGUGUCAAGUCACGCUUGGCACAAAGGCGCUUCUCAAUAUCAUGCUCUGGCUGAAACCACCCUGGCCUAACCCGCAACGUAUCUUCCUCCAGACGCUGGUACUGUCCUGUGUGCGUUGUGCGUGCUAAGGCCGCCUCUGAAGGUGGCCCUGACGACACAACGGCUCGACGGCCUUUGUUCUGCGCCUGCAACUCCAUGACCAUCUUCCGCGUAUGGUCUGUUCCAUGACGGAGAACUUCGACCUCGUUCUUCCAAUCGCCGUCGGUCUCAAGAAUGGCCUUGAACCACGUCUUUUUCACACCGAUUCUGGCAAUCGACACAUCUUCCUUCUCCUGGUCGACGCAAGCGACUGUGUGGAUACAAAUCAGCUGCCUUCGCAUCCAGCUGGCGAGGCUGGUCAGGUUGGAGAAUAGAUCCACUGGAAACGGACUCCGCCACAACCUGUGCUCAUUAGCGGCCUCGCCUGCAAACAUCUCCGCCUGCGCGAUGUGGCAAGCGAACGAAUCGAAAUCAGCGGCGUCCGUCCCACCUUCCUUGUUGUCGAUGGCAAAGAGAUGACCCAUGAUGCUCUGGCAGUGGCACCAUGCUUGCACAAAAGCCUCAUACGCCAGAUCAGAAGGACGCCCCAUGCUGAACAUGCUGCCCGUGACAAUCAGGACGCCAAUGGCGACCACCAUGUGAACUAGUACGCGGGCGGUUGCCUUAGUUUCAGUUAUGUCAUCGCAACCUUGCAGGAAUGCAUUAGUCCCGAAUGCUGCUGCCAACAAUCCAAUGGAGCUGCAUCGCGAAGUGUAAUGAUGCACAAAAAGGGUAAGCCAUACGUACAUGAAAACAACCGUGGCCAGGCAUAGCUGUGCUGCUGGGUAACACCAGCCCAAGACCGCAUACGCCAAUGUGCCGAAAAACUUGCCAAGCACCACCAACUUGUCAGCCGGUCAAACAUUUUGCCAGUGGGAGAAACGACAGAAUGAGACAGGAGCACGGCGACUGUCGACGGUAUGGUCGCGCCCUUCGCAACGAUGAUGCGACCAUAACCGACAUAAUUGAUCGAAAAGUGAGGUCCGUGCCACAAAACUGCGGUUCUUCGGAGCGAAUAUCGUGCUCUUGUCCAAUACCCCAAGCAAGCACCCACCAUAAGCUGCACCGCAGCAUCUGCGAAGACGCUCUGCGAGAGGAGGAUCGGUCGUCUGCCCAUCUGUGAGCCACGUGCAAUACAUCUGCAAGCUGUCAGCGAAAUCGCACAGGCAAAACAUGAACACGUGCUCUGUAGCCAGCUGUCCCCUCAACUCUCGGGCAUCGUCGUAGGGUUUUCCCCUGGUAAUGUAGUCGAUAUAUGCAUUCACGUGCUUGUUGAGGUUGUCCUCGAAGCCUUCUACCACUUGCACUUGUAACCUCAACUGCUCCUUUUCGACCUCUGUGAUGACUCCGUCAUCAGCCUUCUGCAGCCCACUCUCCAGAAGCUCGAUUGUGGAGGUGGCCAAGUCCACCACGGGGCCCUUGCAAGAGAUCAUCAUCGACUGGUGGGACGCCUCAAACUUCUCCCUCUCGCAGGCGUCCACCACGUGACCUAGGAGCUGCAAGCACCUGGACAAAGUGCGGCUCAACUUGCUCAAGUUGGCGAGCCUCAUCAUGACUAGCCGGGGGCCAGACACACAUGAAGUGGUUUCGAUACUACCUCCCAGUAGCUGCCUUCCAACAGCUCGUUGAGACUGAAGAUCUCGGUUUCGACAGUUCUCAUAGAGCGCAGCAUCUUGGUCUUGCUUAUCUCGUCUGCUUCCUGGGCGGUGUAGAACUCGAUGGUGUUUUCCCAGUGGCGGGCGAGCGCGUGGGCGAUGACCGCAGCACGGUCACUCGCUCCCAUCAUGCAGGUGAUCGGGUAGGGGAGCGAGACUAUCAGCAGUGCCAGCACAAACCCGCUGAACAUCUUCAUGACACCCAAGGACACGCCGCCGCCCCAAUCUUUCCACUCGUACCCAAAGAUGAGGCUCGCAGGCGUGGGCGUAGUCCGGGUCGCUCCGUCUCAGCGGUGCGCCGCGCGCGUCCUCGGCCGCCGGGUUCAGGAACGCCAUCCACGAGAAGACAAAGUUCGAGCAGUAGAAGAUCUGGAAGUUCGCGGGCAGGUUGAGCAGCAAGACGGCGACGAUCGACGCUGCCCCGGCAAGGGCCGUCUAGAAUAGAAGCAGGCGUCGACCCGAGGGAAGAAGAAUUCAAUCGGGCUCCCGUCCUUGCACUCCCCCGUGAGGUCCCCCAGCCUCCAAAAAUGGCACGCGUCGAUUCGAGGCCAAUCAGCGCACUUUCCUGAGCACCCGUCGUAAUACACCGCGUACAUUAGCCACGACACCAAAGCUGAGGCGGCAGUUCCACUUAAACCAGCCCACGCAUUCUUUAUCGUGAUCCCCAUGGUCGGAGCUAGCGUGUAGACGCAAGCCACGAUUGCUUGUGGCCCGAUAACCUGCAUUCUAAUCCCAAGAAUCUCGCCAGUAUUACUACGGAUCGUCGGCCACGCGAAAAGCGUGAGCCAGAAAGCCCCGCGAAAGCCGAUCUCACAAGCAGUUGCGAAGUGGCUGUUCUGCUCGUACCUGAAGCACCUGCGCCACCACGAGAACCUGCUGCGCCAGGCCAUGCCCCUCGGGCGCGCAUGGAAAUGAUCGUCCGCGUCAGAAUCGAAUGAACCAUUCCCAGACGAAGACGAGGACACAUCCGCGGAUGUUGAAGCAGCUGGCGUCAAUGAUGCGAGGCCAUGGCGUAUCAACCCCCGCGGAGACGGCGGCAUCUUGCACUCCCUCAGAGCUGCAGCGCCAUCCAGACGCAGGCUAUCGGACAAGACCCCAGGCGAUCUGCCUUGGUGCCCUUGAGGGCU